GUGUAUUACUCCUUUAGCGCCCAUCACCUCGGUUGUGUAUGAAAAAAAGUGGCUGCAUUUUUGUUUUAGAGGAAUGUUAGGUGCCAGUGUUUACGUGUGAUUGUGUUUCGAGGAUAUAUUACGCAGUGUUGAGUGAUCACCACUGACUUGCCAUCAACAAAAUUUGGAUUAAGUAAUAUACUGGCCUAACGAACAAAAUGACGAAGUCACUCAAUCUUCUAUGCAUCGGCUUACUCACAGUGUCAUUUUUAAGGAACACAAAAUGCGAUGCACCAGUGCCCGAUUCGGCAUCUCUACCUCUAGAACAUAGAGGUCUAUAUGGGCCACCACUUUCUGGUCCUGGAUAUGCUCCCCCAUCAGGGUUACACCAAGGAGGUGGAGGAGGAGGCUCCGACGACCCUUGGCCUCUUGCAACGCCAGAUAUGCCUCAAAUAAAACACCUGCAAGUCCAAUGUGAAAAGACGCACAUGCGUGUCAAUAUCGAAUUUGACAGACCCUUCUACGGUAUGAUAUUCUCCAAAGGAUUCUACAGCGACCACCAUUGCGUUCAUUUGAAGCCAGGAACAGGACAUCUAAGUGCAACAUUCGAAAUAUUCCUCAACAGCUGUGGCAUGUCAUCUUCCGCCAAUCACAACGCUGCCAACUACGGAGGGCCUACACCAAGUGGAAGCUACGUCGAGAAUACAAUCAUCAUCCAAUACGACCCAUUCGUGCAAGAAGUCUGGGAUCAAGCCAGAAAACUUCGUUGUACUUGGUAUGAUUUCUACGAGAAGGCAGUCACUUUCCGACCAUUCCAAGUAGACAUGCUUCAUGCCGUGACAGCUAACUUCCUCGGUGAUAACUUGCAAUGCUGGAUGCAAAUUCAAGUAGGCAAAGGUCCAUGGGCAUCUGAGGUAUCAGGCAUCGUGAAAAUUGGUCAAACUAUGACUAUGGUUCUAGCCAUCAAGGACGACGAAAAUAAAUUCGAUAUGUUGGUGAGGAACUGUGUAGCUCACGAUGGAAAGAGAGCACCCAUCCAACUUGUCGAUCAAUACGGAUGCGUUGUAAGACCUAAGAUCAUGAGCAAAUUCCAGAAGAUAAAGAACUUCGGACCAUCAGCCUCAGUCGUUUCCUUCGCAUAUUUCCAAGCUUUCAAGUUCCCAGACUCUAUGAACGUUCACUUCCAAUGCGUCAUUCAAGUAUGCAGGUACAACUGCCCUGAACCAAAAUGCGGAAACAAUUUAGGAUUUUCUGGAGAAUAUGGCCUACCAGCCUUAGGACCUAGCGGACAUGGUAACAGUUUGAAUGCAGAAUAUGGACCUCCAUCUUUACCUGAAUAUGGUGGCGUUCCUCCUGCCUUCCCAGACCCUAGACAUCCUUCAGGACCAGCUGGUGCUUACUCUGAACCCAAUGCUGAUGUUGUACCUGCUCCUCAAGCUCAGACUUCGUCGUCUUCUACCUCCAAUCCAUCAAACUUAUCUUCACCAGCUCCUAACUCUCAAUCAGGCAAUGACAUCCAUUUGCCCCCUCCACCACUUCCAGGACACCACGGUCAAUACAAUACAGUGAAGAGGAAGAGUGACAUCGAGGGUGAAUUUGAAAAUAAUCUAGCAACACUCGGAGGACGACCAAGGUCUGUUGAAAAUUUGCCAGCACAACUGCAAGGUGUGAGACGAAGAAGAUCAACUGAUACAUUCAACAUCGUAGUUAGUCACGUAUAUAAAAGGGAAGCACAAGAGAUGACAGACGUGAAUACGAGUAGAACAAUUCAAGUUGUGGCACCUGGAGAUGUCAAUUUCGCCCUUAACUCAGCACAAAAUAACGAAACUGUAGUCAUUCAAUCGGCAUCUUCAGGGGACGCAGAAACUAUCUGUAUGUCGAUUCCCAGCUUUGUUGCUGGUCUGGUUAUGCUUCUUCUAGUUCUCAUUGUAUCAAGUUUGGUAGCUGCUUUCUUGUUUGUCAGAGUACGAGCUAUUGACAGGAAAGGAGUUGUUCCACCAUUCAUGCACGCCAGGGGUUACGAUAACGCUGAAUUUGUUAAAGUUGCAAACUGAUAAUCGAGAGACUGGAUAGAUAAGUUCGUCAGCAUCCAAAGAAAAUGAAUGAGCGUACAACGAAAACUAUUCUGUGGCCAUUUCUAUUCAAUUCACUGAAAAACAUGAUGAAUUGAACGAGAAAAACGUCACAUUCUUCUUUCCUUUAUUCUCAUUAUGUAACUUUUCACAAUUGUGAAAAGUUCUACAUAUAUUUCGAUUUUUCCCAAUACUUUUUGUCAUGGCCACCUCAUUCAUUAUUUUCACGAGUAUUUAAUACGAGUGAAUGAAAAACAAAAGAUUCCUCUUCCUAUUAACUUAAAUAGCUAAGUAACUUAUUUUUCUAUUCUUAACUUAUUUCUGUGUGAAUGAAUAGUGAGGAAAAAAGUAUUCGAUUAUAUUGAGAAAUGUAUCGGAAUUCAAGUUCAUGCUUUCUGAGCAUAAAAUUGUCAACUUCGUCGUUUAGAUGAAGUAAAGAACUAGUCUUGUAUCUAGGAUGUAGUUCCAAUGUACAUAAUUUCACCAGCACAAAUACUCAAAAACUACAAUUCGAUGUGAAGAAUGUCUACAUCUUUUGCUGUUGGUUUUUCUCAAAACUGCAAUCGUUAAAAUUAUUCAAAUAACAAUUGAAAUGAUUAUUUAUGGGGAAUUAGACCAGAAGUACAACGAGAUGAGAAUUGUUUCUUGGAUAGUUUUGACUACGUUGCUGGAAGUGACAGUAUUACUCGAAGUUGAACUAACUAUUGUAAAUUAUUGAGUUGAAUAUUAUUUAUUUUUAUUAAAUUAUUGUAUUAUUAAACAAAUCAAGUUAAAA